AUGACGUACGUGGCGUGGAAGCUGAGCGGCCUGCCGUGCCACCGGGUGAUCGGCACGGGGUGCGCGCUGGACUCGGCGCGGUUCCGCUUCUUCAUCGGCGAUCGGCUCAACGUGCGGCCCAGCAACGUGCACUCGUGGGUGAUCGGGGAGCACGGCGACAGCAGCGUGCCCGUGUGGUCGGGCGUGGACGUGGCGGGCUUGCGGCUUCGGGAGAUAAACCCCGACGUGGGCACCGAGGACGACAAGGAGAAGUUUUCCGAGUUGCACACGAAGGUUGUCCGCAGUGCGUAUGAUGUGAUCCAGCUGAAGGGCUAUACGUCGUGGGCCAUCGGCCUGACAGGGGCCUCUGUCACGCGCUCCUUCCUGCGCAACACAGGAGAAAUCAACGCCGUCUCCAUCUUCGCCAAGGGGUACUUCGGCAUCGACAAGGACGUGUACCUGUCGCUGCCGUGCGUGCUGGGGCGGGGCGGCGUGUCGCACGUACUGCGCAUGCGCCUCACGGAGGAGGAGGCGUGCCGCCUGCGCAAGUCAGCCGACGUUAUCCACGAGGUGGUGUGCAGCGUCAAACUUUGAACACCGUCUGUGGAAUAUGCUACGAAUGGAUUUUAUGUGUGUAUAGGUUCUUGAAAAACCCUUGUGGC